CCAGCAGCAAAAUAAACUACGUUUAAAAUACACCCAGUGUUACAUUCGCCAUUGCUUAUUGAUUAUUGACUGCCGUGCCACUCUCCCUCUUCAGACGCAUCCGCCAAUCUCGGCCCGUCUCGCCUAGACGCCUUUACACGCAACAGCCAGAUUCAGCUUCGUCUCGCAUUUUAGCCGAACACUCUGCGUGUCUCGCUCACAACCACCAUUGCUGAUGGGGCGGCCCACACAGAAUCCGUCAUCCGACUCAAAACCUCCACCGCUGCCUCUUUCCGACUCCAACCUCGCUUCUACAACUUUGCCUGCAGCUCAAGCAUUGCCCGACACCGCGGUCUCUUCGUCCUCCCCCCCUUUCCCUCUCCUCGCCGCCGAAGCCUCCUCACCACCACGCCAUGAUAUCGCCGAUAGCCCGAUAACUGCCGCCGGUCACGACCGUACUUCCAUCGAGCUCGUGCCUUUCCAGCAGCUCGCCAUGGCGUCCAAGAAGCGCUCCUCCCGCCGCCGGCAGCAGCAAUCUUCCAAUGCGUCAUCCUCCACGACCUCCCCAUACGGCUCUAUAAACACCACACCGCGCCCGUCGUCGCCGCUCCACAGAACAACGAGCAAUGCCUCUGGUGGUUCACGCCGGCAUCGAAGCCGGUCUUCACGGUCCCAAUCCCGGCCGUCCACGGCAACAAGGCUAUCCGAAGAUAUUGACGGCUCAGUGCUCGCUUCCGGCCUAGAGGGCCGCUUCAGCCUCGCUGAAGCCCCCUUGCUCGGCGACAUGAUUGACGGCGCAGGCGAAGACAAGCCCGGUCGUCGCUCCUCAACAUCGUCAGUACGAUUUGACGAGGCGGCUGUCAUAGACUCCGAGCUCGACUCAGACACCGACUCGCUUGACGAGGAAGAAGAAAACUCGCCUCAUGAUGUUGUCCGCGCUUCUGUAUCUGCUAUAGACGAUACAUCCCUCUCAAUCAAUACCCCGCGCAUGUGGUGUCUGUCCAUGCUCUUCGCCAUCCUUGGCUCCUCAACAAACCUUUUCUUUGCUCUUCGAUACCCCAGUGUCGCCAUAACGCCCGUCAUCGCCCUCCUUCUCGUCCACCCACUCGGCCACCUUUGGGACUUUGCUUUUAAGCGUGACUACGACCCAGAAGACAAAUUCGUCAACGGCCACCGCCUGCCGCGUAGCCCCGCUGUUGAACUCUGCUCGGCCUCACCACCAACACGCAGCGAUACACAUAAGACACUGAGAGCUUGGCGACAAUGGCUUGGUCAAGGUCGCUGGAACCAAAAGGAGCAUACCUGCGUCUAUGUCAGCAGCAACGUCGCCUUUGGUUUCGCCUUUGCUACCGACGUCAUUGUUGAGCAGACACAAUUUUAUAACCAGAAAGCGCCCAUAUCAUACCAGCUGCUCCUCACUAUAUCAACCCAAGUCCUAGGCUACGGCUUCGCAGGCAUGGCGCGCCGCUUCCUUGUCAACCCAUCGGGUAUGAUUUGGCCCGGUACGCUCAUGUCAGCAGCCAUGUUCUCCACGCUGCACAAGCAAGAGAAUAAACCAGCCAACGGAUGGACCAUUAGCCGCUGGAAGUUCUUCUACGUGGUCUGGACGGCCGCAUUCCUCUUCUACUUCUUCCCAGGUCUCUUGAUGCCUGCACUUAGCUACUUCAACGUCAUUACAUGGUUUGCUCCCAAGAGCGUCGUCCUCGCCAACCUCUUCGGCGUGACCUCUGGUCUGGGCCUCUUCCCCAUGACCUUUGACUGGGCGCAAAUCACAUAUGUCGGCUCGCCGCUCCUUGUGCCAUUCUGGGCAGCCGUCAACGUCAUGGGCGGCCUUUCAAUUGUCAUGUGGAUUCUCGCGCCCCUCUGCUACUACACCAACGUCCUCUACUCAUCCUAUAUGCCGAUUCUCUCCGCCGCAGUCUUCGACAACACGGGUAAAGUGUACGACGUCUCCAAGAUCCUGACGCCAGAAUUCCUCUUUGACCGCGAAGCCUAUGCAGCCUACUCACGCGUCUUCCUCCCCAUAACCUACGUCCUCUCCUACGCCGUCCAGUUUGCCGGCCUCACAGCGCUUCUCACCCACACACUCUGCUGGCACGGGCGCGAUAUUUGGCGAACAUGGAAGCGAUCCCUCACUGAAGCCAAAUCCUCAGGCCCAGCAGCCUCCUCCACUACAUCCUACGCUCCGUUAAGCGGCAACGGUAACACCGACCCAAUGACGACCUCCUCCGCCUCGCUCGGGCACCAAUCCAACGCGUCCGCCUCCAAUAUCGACAACCUCAUUUCUCGCGAGGAUAUUCAUUCGCGUUUGAUGAAGCGCUACCCCGAAGCCCCUGCAUGGUGGUACAUCCUCACCUCUCUCUCCAUGACCGCCAUUGGUAUCUUCAUUGUCGAGUACUAUCCUAUCCACCUCCCCUGGUACGGCCUGCUGCUGGCGCUCGGCAUUGGUGCCGUCUUCUUCAUCCCCAACGGCAUCAUCAUGGCUGUCACCAACCAGCACUCAUCCAUCUACCUCAUCUGCCAGCUCAUCUGUGGCGUCGUCUUCCCCGGUCGCCCCAUUGCCAACAUGCUCUUUGUCACCUACGGCUACAUAUCCUCUGCCCAGGGCAUCAAAUUUGCAUCCGAUCUCAAGCUUGGUCACUACAUGAAGAUCCCGCCGCGCAUCAUGUUCUCCGUCCAGAUCCUCGCCACCCUCAUCGCCUCCGUUACCCAAAUCAUCGUCCUUAACUGGAUGUUUGCCAAUGUGCCCAGCCUGUGCACCCCCGACGCGCUUAACGGAUUCACUUGCCCCAUUGCUCGCGUCCAUUUUAACGGCUCUAUCCUCUGGGGCGUCGUCGGCCCAGCCGAAUUCUUUGGUCCCAAUGCCAUCUACCGUGCGCUUGUAUGGGCUUUCCCCCUUGGUGCCCUAUUGCCUAUCCCACUAUGGCUCUAUGCACGCAACCGCCGCGGCUCCAUAAUCCGCAAAGUCAAUUUACCUGUUGUCUUUGGCGCCAUGGCCUGGAUCCCUCCUGCCACCGGUCUCAACUUUUCUGUCUGGGCUGUAGUCUGCUACGUCUUCAACUAUCUUAUCAAGCGCCGCGCCAGCGCCUGGUGGGCAAAGUACACUAUGACGCUAUCUGCUGCGUUGGAUUCCGGCCUCGCGUUUGGCAUCGUCGUUGUUUUCUUCGGCUUCCUGUAUCCAGGCUGGAUGAAGGGCUUUAGCUGGUGGGGGACGGAAGUGUACAAACAGGGCUGCGACUGGCAAGCUUGUUCAUACAAGACUGUGCCAGAAGGUGGAACAUUCGGGCCCGACAUGUGGUGAAGGAGAAAAAAGGAUAAAUACUGGAUGAUCCUUCUUCAUUUUGGACAUGUCAAAAUUAUUACGCAUAUCACGACUCAUAGACUCCUCAUAGCAUUGUAUCAAUUUUUAUUAUAAGCCAGGCCAACUAUAAACUGGAAUUUAAACCAAUCGUUUGUAUUCUGCACGUCUCUUUAAAGAGAAAACUUGUACAAUAGAGCUAAUUACGAUCGGAUAGUUUGAUUGGUGUAAAUCUACGCGAUUGUCUGAGCCUCAUCCGACUGAACAAUGGUGGUGUGGCGCAGAAGCAUAAGGCUCCAGCGGCGGGUGGUACCGCCCGCCCGCCGUGGAGCCUGCUAUUGUUCUCCCCAGAUUACCCGUUUCGUGUGCCUCACAGAGCCUUGUGAACAGAGAGUUUGAUACGAGUGUAUUUUUAUAUAGCA